AUGUCUCAAAAGCGUCGCUCUCUUAAUACUUCGCUUGGUCGAGCGAAAAUGAUCUGGUCGGAUGAAGAAGUUUACCGAAAAGAGAUGAAACAACUUUCCAAACGAUACCCCCAGAAUGGAUUCACCACCGGCUGGGGAACAACGCUGGGGAAGUCCUCCUGGCAGACAAUCCUCGAAUCAGAAGCGGUCGCAGCGACUGUGGCAAACCAAUCUGGAGCACAGAAGCCCUGGCCUGCAGCAACAGCAACAACAAAAACGCCUAUUCAGGUGACGAAUCCUGCUGGCAAUCAGGUAGCUGAGGCAAGCGAUGUUUCACGGACAAUCCGAGAGACGAGAGAGGCUGUGCAACUGUUUAAUUUGCUUCAACGGGAUAUGCGUUCGUCUUCUUCUCAAGGGGUUGAUGCGAAACAGAUGCGGGACUUCCAGGUCGUCGCUGAGCAUUUGGAGACCCUGCAGCGGAAAGUGCAGUCACUCAUCAAUGGAGAGCUAAGUGAAUGUUCUGCAGACAUAACUGGAGCUGACGAGACGGAUCUGGCCAAUUUGAUGAGCGUGAACGACGAUCUUCAGCGUUGUAUCGAAAGCUACCCGCGGACGGCGCAGAGGGAUGCGGUAUGUCUUUUCACCUACAUAUCUUAA